AUGAGUGAAGAGGUUGAAGGUAAGGUGGAUUGGAAAGGCAGGCCAGCAGCAAUGGAGAAGCAUGGAGGAUUCUCUCCUGCUAUGUUCAUUCUAGCAAGCUUUGCAUUUGAGAAUCUGGCCACCUUAGCGCUUGCUGUGAAUUUGGUGACUUAUUUCAAUGCAGUGAUGCAUUUUGGCUUGGCAGAGGCUGCAAAUUCGGUGACGAACUAUAUGGGGACUGGUUAUCUUCUUUCUGUGCUUGUCGCUUGCAUUGCUGAUGCUUAUGUUGGCCGAUUUAGGACCGUUCUCAUAACAGGCUGCAUAGAACUCCUGGGAUUCAUUUUACUAACAAUUCAAGCUCAUUCCCCACAAUUGAAGCCUGCACCAUGCAAUAUAUUUGUCCCAAACUCUACUUGUUCAGACAUGAACAAAGGCCAAGCUGCAAUGUUAUUCUCUUCUCUAUACAUGAUAGGACUGGGUUCGGCUGGGAUUAAAGCAGGCCUACCAUCUCAUGGGGCGGAUCAAUUCGACGAAAAAGAUCCCGAAGAGCGAAAGCAAAUGUCGAGCUUUUUUAAUUGGCUCCUGCUAAGUGUAUGCCUCGGUGGAGCAAUGAGUCUGACAUUUAUAGUGUGGAUUCAAACAAACAGAGGUUGGGAUUGGGGCUUUGGGGCUUCUGCAGUUGCAAUGCUCAUGGCAGUUUUCAUUUUUGCUUCUGGUACACCAAAUUAUCGUAUUCAAGUUGUCAAGAAAACCAAUCCACUUAUAGAGAUUGUCCAGGUACUUCUGGUUUCACUUCGGAACAGAAAGCUACAACUCCCGGAGAACCAUGAAGACCUUUAUGAGCUCAACAAAGACAAGGAGUCUGCAAUAGAAGUAGAAUUUCUACCUCACAGAAAUAUUUACAGAUUUCUCGAUAAAGCAGCAGUGAGACGAACUAACGAGCCUCUUGAACAAGCACCAAGCCCAUGGAAGCUCUGCAGGGUGACCCAAGUGGAACAAGCAAAGAUCAUAUUCGGCAUGGUCCCCAUAUUCUGUUGCUCCAUUUUCAUGAGCACUUGUUUGGCCCAACUCCAAACCUUUUCAGUCCAACAAGGCCUCACAAUGGACACACGCAUAACAAAAACAUUCAAAAUCCCCCCUGCUUCAUUACCCAUCAUACCCUUAGUGUUCAUGAUAAUUCUCAUCCCUAUUUACGAUCGUGUAAUCGUCCCUUUAGCACGAAAGUUUACUGGUCACCCGACAGGUAUUACGCACUUACAACGCAUAGGGGUCGGACUCGUUCUCGCUGCUAUAUCCAUGGGAGUUGCUGGCAUAGUGGAAGUUAAGAGAAAAAAUGUUGCUUUGAAACACGGUAUGAUAGAUGCCUUGCCGGUAUUGCAACCUUUGCCCAUAAGCACAUUUUGGUUGACAUUCCAGUACUUCAUAUUUGGGAUUGCAGACAUCUUCACCUAUGUUGGUUUAUUGGAGUUUUUCUAUUCUGAGGCACCCCCAAGCAUCAAAUCUAUCUCGACUGCGUUUCUUUGGUGUUCCAUGGGGCUUGGGUACUUCCUUAGCACCAUAUUGGUUCAAGCAGUGAACUUGGUCACAGAGAGGACGAAUGGAGGCUGGCUUAGUGGAAACAAUUUGAACAGAAACAGUUUGAAUCUGUUUUAUUGGUUUCUUUGUGCUCUGAAUGCCUUAAAUUUCUUCCAUUACUUGUUUUGGGCCAAGAGGUACAAGUAUAGGCCCCAACCAUUUUUAAAUGCUGAAGCAGAGAAGCCAAAGAUGUGCUGUUUAUCCAUUGUCAAGAAGUGA